AUGGCAGCGGCAGGCGGCGGCGGCGGCGGAGGCGGCGGCGGCGGCGGCAGCGGCGGCAGUAGCAGCAGCAGCGGCGGGCCGGCUGGAGGCGGCGGGAGCGGCCGCCGCACCGUGUUCCUGUUCGACCGGCGCGAGGAGAAGUCGGAGGUCGGGGAGCGCGCGCUGCACUUGGACGAGGGCGCCGUCUUCUCGAGCUUCCGCGGCGCCGUCUGUCAGGCACUUGGGAUUUCAUCUGGGGAGAAGUUUGUUAUUACAACAACCAAUAGGAAAGAAAUUACUGUUGAUAACUUCAAUGAAAAUGUUCAAGACGGGGUCACUUUGUACUUACUUCAGUCAGUCAAUCAAUUACUGCUUUCUGCGACAAAGGAACGAAUUGACUUCUUACCACACUAUGACACAUUGGUUAAAAGUGGCAUGUAUGAAUAUUAUGCCAGUGAAGGACAAAAUCCCUUACCAUUUGCCCUUGCAGAAUUGAUUGAUAACUCACUCUCUGCCACUUCACGUAAUACUGGUAUUCGAAGUAUUCACAUCAAAUUGCUUUUCGAUGAAUCACAAGGAAAACCUGCAGUUGCAGUGAUUGAUAAUGGAAGAGGAAUGACCUCUAAGCAGCUUAACAACUGGGCUGUAUAUAGGUUGUCAAAGUUUACAAGAAAAGGUGACUUUGAAAGUGAUCAUUCCGGAUAUGUACGUCCAUUACCAGUGCCUCGUAGUUUAAAUAGUGAUAUUUCAUAUUUUGGUGUUGGGGGCAAGCAAGCUGUUUUCUUUGUUGGACAAUCAGCCAGAAUGAUUAGCAAACCUUCAGAUUCUCAAGAUGUUCAUGAACUUGUACUCUCUAAAGAGGAUUUUGAAAAGAAGGAGAAAAAUAAAGAAGCAAUAUAUAGUGGAUAUAUUAGAAACCGGAAGCCCUCAGACUCUGCUCACAUCACAAAUGAUGAUGAAAGGUUUCUACACAGUCUUAUUCUUGAGGAGAGAGAAAAAGAUAGCUUUACUGCAGUGGUUAUUACAGGAGUGCAACCAGAACACAUACAGUACUUGAAAAAUUAUUUUCAUCUUUGGACGAGACAAUUAGCACAUAUUUAUCAUUACUAUAUUCAUGGACCAAAAGGAAAUGAAACAAAUGCUGCAACAAAAGAAGUUGGACCAUUCAACAACAUUGAUAUGGAAAUUUCUAUGUUUGAAAAAGGGAAAGUACCUAAGAUUAUCAACCUUAGAGAGAUCAAAGAUGACAUGCAGACUUUAUAUAUAAAUACGGCAUCAGAUAGUUUUGAGUUCAAGUCCCACGUAGAAGGAGAAGGUGUGGUUGAAGGAAUCAUUCGUUAUCAUCCUUUCUUAUAUGAUAAAGAGACUUAUCCUGAUGAUCCCUGUUUUCCAUCAAAAUUGAAAGAUGAUGAUGAUGAUGAUGACUGUUUUAUAGUAGAAAAAGGAGCAAGAGGGAAAAGACCCAUUUUUGAAUGUUUUUGGAAUGGAAGAUUAAUACCUUACACAACUGUUGAAGACUUUGACUGGUGUGCUCCUCCUAAGAAGCGAGGCCUUGCACCAAUUGAAUGCUACAAUAGAAUUUCUGGUGCAUUAUUCACUAAUGAUAAAUUUCAGGUCAGCACAAAUAAACUGACCUUUAUGGAUCUGGAACUAAAGCUGAAAGAUAAGAACACUCUUUUUACAAGGAUUUUUAAUGGACAGGAGCAGCGAAUGAAAAUUGACAGAGAAUUUGCUUUGUGGUUGAAAGACUGUCAUGAGAAGUAUGACAAACAAAUAAAAUUUACACUCUUCAAAGGAAUAAUUACACGGACAGACCUUACUUCUAAAAGAAUGCAAAGUCCAUGGGCUACAUACUCUGCAAUAGAAUGGGAUGGAAAGACAUACAAAGCAGGGCAGUUGGUUAAGACAACCAAGACACUUCCACUCAUUUAUGGAAGCAUAGUAAAAUUUUUUCUUUAUGGUGAUCACGAUGGAGAUGUAUAUGCUACAGGAGGGGAAGUUCAGAUUGCAAUGGAGCCUCAAGCUUUAUAUGAUGAAAUUAAAACUGUGCCUAUCACGAAGCUUGACAGGACAGUAGCUGAGAAAACUGUCAAAAAAUAUGUAGAAGAUGAAAUGGCAAGACUUCCAGAUCGUUUGUCUGUAACUUGGCCUGAAGGAGAUGAAUUGUUACCAAAUGAAGUCAAGCCUGCUGGGACGCCUAUUGGUGCUUUAAGAAUCGAAAUACUGAAUAAGAAAGGAGAAGCCAUGCAAAAGCUUCCUGGUACAAGUCAUGGAGGAUCAAAGAAACUACUAGUUGAGCUGAAGGUUAUUUUGCAUUCUUCAAGUGGGAAUAAAGAAAUAAUUUCUCAUAUCAGUCAGCAUGGGGGCAAAUGGCCUUACUGGUUCAAGAAAAUGGAAAAUAUUCAAAAAUUGGGCAAUUACACAUUAAAAUUGCAAGUCGUAUUGAAUGAAAGUAAUGCCGACACUUAUGCUGGCCGGCCAUUGCCAUCAAAAACAUUUAAAUUUUCUGUCAAAGAGGGUAAACCAGAGAAAUUUUCAGUGGGCCUUUUGGAUCCUCCAUUUCGUGUUGGAGUCCCAUUCAAUAUUCCCCUGGAGUUGCAGGAUGAAUUUGGUCAUACUGCUCAACUGGUAACUGAUGUUAAGCCGGUUCUUGAAGCAAGUGGCUUGUCUUUACAAUAUGAAGACAUAAGCAAAGGACCAAAUUGUGUAAUUAGGGGUGUUACUGCUAAGGGCCAUGUCAGCUCUUAUCAAGGCAAGAACUUUAGUCUGAAGGUUAUUCUACCAGGUUUGAAAGAAGAAUCUCAGAUUUUGAAAAUUAGAUUACUUCCUGGCCCUCCUCAUCAAUUGAAAGUGAAACCAGAUUCUGAUAUUCUUGUUAUUGAAAAUGGAACAGCUUUCCCAUUCCAGGUAGAAGUUUUAGAUGAAUCAGGAAAUAUCACAGCACAACCCAAAUUGAUUGUUCAUUGUAAGUUUUUAGGUGCUCCAAACCUUCCUGUCUACAGUGUGGAUUGUAGUAAUGCUGGAACUAGUAUUUUAACUGGACCUCCAUUUCAUGUACAGAAUAUAAAAAAAGACCACAUACUGAAAGCAAGGAUUGAAAUACCAAGUUGUAAAGAUGUGCCAGCUGUAGAGAAGACUAUUAGAUUACUCCCCAGUAGCCAUGUUGCAAAACUGCAGAUAUUCAGUGUAGAAGGACAGAAGGCAAUUCAGAUCAAACACCAGGAUGAGAUCAACUGGAUAGCUGGAGAUGUCAUGCAUAAUCUCAUCUUCCAAAUGUAUGAUGAAGGAGAAAGAGAAAUUAUUAUAACAGCUGCAUUAGCUGAAAAAAUUAAGGUUAAUUGGACACCUGAGAUUAAUAAGGAACAUUUACUGCAGGGUUUGCUACCUGAUGUACAAGUACCAACAUCUGUGAAAGAUAUGAGAUAUUGCCAGGUUUCAUUUCAAGAUGAUCAUGUGUCAUUGGAGAGUGCAUUUACUGUAAGACCGCUGCCUGAUGAACCAAAACAACUUAAAUGCAAGUUAAAAGGAGGAAAAACAAUACAAAUGGGUCAAGAACUCCAAGGAGAAAUAGAGGUAAUAAUUACAGAUCAGUAUGGAAAUCAGAUACAGACGUUCACAUCAAGUUGUUUAACUUCUUUGGGAAUUUCUGGAAAUGGACUUGAUAAAUCCAGUUUGAAAAUUAGUUGGCAGGACAGCACACAGACUAUAAUUAUAAAAGGCAUAAAAUUUAACCCAGGUCCUCCUGGAAGCAAGGAGCUCUGCUUUGCGUGGCGUGAGUUUUCGGACUUUCUCCGGGUACAGCUAAUUUCAGGACCACCAGCUAAACUUCUCCUGGUAAACUGGCCAGAGUUAAGAGAGCCUAUUCCAGUGAUAAAUGGAAAAGAAUUACCAAACCCCCUUACAGUUCAGCUUUGUGAUCAGUGGGAAAAUCCUUCCCCAGUACCACUAGUUAAAAUAAGUCUUGUGAAAGCAGCCAUCUUAAAACUCAGCCCUUCAAAUCAGCAGCAUAAAACUGAUGACAGUGGCAGGGCUGAUUUGGGAGUUUUUACUGUUUCUGCCCCUAGGGGAGAACAUACUAUACAGAUUAAAGCAACCUACAACAAGAAUUCCCUAGAAGGACCUAUAAUUAGGCUAAUGGUUCUUCCAGACCCUGAAAAGCCAGUGCGUUUGAAUGUUAAAUACGAUAAAGAUGUUUCUUUUUCAGCAGGGGAUAUUUUUACUGAUUUCAUGGUUAGUGUUAUUUCUGAAGAUGAGAGUAUCAUUAAGAAUAUUAAUCCCACACGGAUUUCUAUGAAAAUGUGGAAACUCUCAGGCAGUGGAAAUCGACAAACAGCCAAUGUAGAAACAUUUAAUUGUAGUAAAAUAAAGGAUAAUGACAAGGAAGAGGGCUUCUUUUAUUUCAGGGAUAAAGUGAUUCCAAACAAAGUGGGCAGUUACUGCAUCCAGUUUGCCUUUAUGGUCGACAAAUCUUCUGUUCUCAACAGUGAUCAGAUUUUAGUUGAUGUCAUACCUAAUGAACCAGUCAAGUUAGUUCCUGAAUGUCUGCCAUCUACCCCGGCUGUUUCUAAUGUUCCACCUAUUGCCAAUAGGACCUUAGUCAAAGACCUGUGCCUCAACAUCGUGGAUGAACACAAUAAUCGCACUGGAACUAAUUUGAUUGGCAAGAUAAUUGCUAAAAUUAAAAGUUCUAAUGAUGAAGAUACUGAGAUUCCACUUUUUAAUGGGAAAGUUAAAAUGGUUGAAUUUCCAUUUAUCAAGGGAUCAGCUGAAAUCAAGGAUCUAGUACUGGCAGAAAAUAGCCCUGGAAGGGACAGUGCUGAGUAUUUUAUUGUAUUUGAACCUCAACUACCAGCUUUAUCAAGAACAUUGGAACCAUACCGUCUAUCAUUUAUGUUUUAUAAUGACUUUAGGAAGCAGCAGCAGAUGGCAGCACUUACAAAAGAGAGAGACCAGCUAUCUCAGUCCAUUGUUCUGUACCGAAAUUUAUUUGAUGCCAGCCAUCAGCUUAUUAAUGAAAUGAAAUGCCAAGCCCAAGAAGCAGGGUCAAAAGAAGUCCAUUUGAGGAAUGAACUAAAAAAACACCAUAUAAACAUUCCAACACCACCACAGCUGUCUCAUAUUGAUAUGCUUCUCAAACAAAAGUUAUCAGAACAAGAGGGACUAAAGAAGCAACCUAGGAGAUCAUGUACUCUUCCAAACUGCCCUAAAGGCAAUCCAGACAUUUUAGGAAAGAUUGCACACUUGGCACAGAUUGAAGAUGAUGAAGCUGCGAAGGUUAUUUCUUGGCAUUUGGCAAGUGACAUGGACUGUGUGGUUACUCUAACCACUGAUGCUGCUCGUAGAAUCUUUGAUGAAACUCAGGGUCGACAACAGGUGUUGCCACUUGAUUCUAUUUAUAAGAAGACUCUUCCAGAUUGGAACAGGCCUCUUCCUCAUUUACGAAAUGGAAAAAAUUAUUUCAGACCUAUUGGUAAUCCAGUAUUUGCCAGAGAUUUGUUAACAUUUCCAGACAAUACAGAUCAUUGUCAAACAGUGUUUGGGAUGCUAUUAGGAGAUACCAUCAUUUUGGACAAUUUGGAUGCUGCUAACCAUUAUAGAAAAGAGGUUGUUAAAAUCACCCAUUGUCCUACUUUGCUAACAAGAGAAGGUGAUCGAAUUCGAAGUAAUGGAAAAUUUGGAGGCCUUCAAAAUAAAGCUCCUCCAAUGGACAAACUUCGAGGGAUGGUAUUUGGUGCCCCACUCCCGAGACUCUAUCAGACCCUGGGUAUCCAUAUAGAUCUUCUUCAGCAAUAUCGCUCAGCAGUGUGCAAACUCAAUAGUGUGACUAAGGAGCUUAACGCUCAAAUAGACUACCUUAAUACUCCAGAUAUGCAGAAGAAAAAGCAGGAGCUUAGCGAACAGGAGAAAAAUCUGGAACGAAUAGAACAGAAACUUGGUAUGACUCCAACAGGUAAAUGUGAAUUAGUCCGUCAGGCAGCUAAACUCAAUAUGUCAGACAGCCCAAUCCCUCCUAAAAGAAUGAGACGGGAAACAACAAAAAAACUAAAUAGGCUCAUAACCAAAUCAGAUGUGUGAAAGUUGACAGAGGGGCUGUUGGUCUCACUAAGAAUGCACUCACUUCUGCAGCUCUGCUUCAGGAGACCAAGAGGGUGACUUAACCAGACUGAAUAUUUCUGGGGACAAUUCAAGUACCAAGGAUAUGAAUUUCCAUGUCUGUCCAGAUGGGGCUGGAAGCAUCCAUUCAAAAGAGGGAAUUUCGUUGGACAACAUGGUCUUACUGGAAGUAUCCCAGUCAUCUUACUGCUUAUUUGUGAUAUGUUGCAAAUGUGUCAAAGGAGAAUGUUAGGUCUACACUGUGCAAAUGUGGCAGUGAUUAUAAACCUGACACAAGGCAGUUUUUCAUCCUGAAGAAAAUACAUGCUGAAUUCCAGUAUAAUUACCAUGGAUGUUGUGGAGAGAUGUUUAAUGAUGACAGACUUUUCGAAAAACUGGACUAGGUUGAACUUAAUGAAAAUGUUUCAGUUAUUGUGAACUAGAGGAAUUACUCCAGAGAUGAGGUGUUAUAAGGUAUGAGAGGAAAUCGUUAAUGCAGAGUUCAGGAUAAGAAUGUAAAUCCGCAGGUGUCUGGUAAUUCAGAUGUUAUGAUGCUUCAAAAAACCAUGAAAGUGACCACAGUGCACAUGCAGUGUGGUAGUGUUUUAGAUUCUAGCUGCUUAUCCUAAUAUGGACAGUAUGUGCAGUGUGCUCAAUUUUUAUAAGGAAUCAUUUGACUUGAUGCUUGUUUUUAUAAAUUCUCAGCCUUAAUGCUACAUUAACAUUGUUUUUGUAAUUUUUUAUUACUCUUUUUUAAAAGGUCAGGGAAAGUAAAAUUACACAUUAAUGCAAUAAAUUGAUGUUAAAAAACCCAUUGCUGAAACAUUUAUAAUGUGUUGUCCAGCUAGUAUGUAAUAACAGUAUGUGGAAUCUUUGUCCACAAAAGCAGUUUUCAAGUAAAAUCAACUGUUAUGUGUAUUUAUCAGGAGUUAUUUCGGGGGGACAUUUAUGCAUCCCAGCAGAUGUGUGGUUUUCGACCUUUCUGAACAUGCAGCAAAAUUAGAAACAGUUAUGUUUUCUGUCUUUUGAACAGGUACUGUUUGUUUUAAAAAAAAUAAAAAUUUGAGAUCACCAAGUCAUUGUGGUUAGAACCAUUGCAAGAUGACUUACUCUAUUCUUGUUUAAGCUAGUAAUAUUAAACAACUCUUACUAUUUAAAAUUAUUUAACUAUUUAACUUAAAUUUACAUAUCAGUACAGCAAUAAUAGUGAAAUAUUCAAUCUUUAUUAUAGUUUUGUUCCUUUGAUGUUAGAAAAACCUAAAAACUGUCAAGCAUAAGAAGCAUAUCAUUGCUUAUGACCAACAUAAAUUUUAGGAGCUGUUUCCCUAAGAUCUGAAGGUUGUUGCUUUUCAUCAUUUACCUUUGGUAUCCAGGUUCUCCUACCUAUAACUAUGUGCUAAAUCAUAAUAUCUUUAGAAAUUUCCCCAUGGUCACCUAAAAUUUUGUUUGAUAAGUAUAAAAAGGUAUCUUGUGUCACCAGUAUGGGGAGUUAAAUAUUGCUGAAAAACAUUAGAUUUUAUUAAUGCUUCCAAUACCAAACAAAUCUAAAGCUUUAUUGCAUUUUUUUAAAUUAAUGAAAAAUGACGUCUCAAUGGUCAUGCAAGACUUGAUUGUUAAGAUUUGCCAUCCAGUCAAGAAAGAUCUUCUUUUCCAAUGGCAUUUGCUGGGGGAGAGAGGGAAGAGUGUUUCUGUCGUUUUUGCAUUUGAAUGUAACUGAAAGUCGUAUUGUGUGUAAGUAUUAAAAUACUGUAUACUAUGUUCUAAACUUGUAAAAAAAAAAAAAAAAAGUAGAAAUGAUUUUAUUUAUAUUGUACCAGAACCAAUAAUAGAAAUUUGGCUUAAUUGUGGGAAAAUAAGCAGAAGCACCAGAAUUUUAUUUCUGUUAAUUAAGUCUUAAGUUCUCCUUACAAAAGAAGAAAACUGGCAGAAGUGAAUACUUUAAAGGUAGCAUUCACACUGCACUUUUAAUACUCAUCCAGACCAAUGAACAUUUAUCAUAAUAUUUGUCCUAAUAAACCUAAUAUCUAUCAUAAGUACAAUAAAGAAAAAUGGACCAACAUGUUUUGAAUAUCAAAAUGAAGAUUCUUAGUAGUAAAAUGUGUAGAUUUUGGAAACAAGAACUUGUUUUGUUCUCCAUAGUUAAAGAUAAAUUUCUGGUGUGUAUUUGUCGUUACUGGCCUUCCAUCACUUCUUUUGCAUAUUAUUCAUGUCAUUUUGGGUAUAUAUAUUUGUGCAGCUUUACAGUAAAUUUGUACUUGUAUAAUUGAAAUUAUAUUUAUUUAAUUUUCAUUAAAAGAAUUCAAUAUUCUAAAGAAUAUUAUCAUCUGUUUUAACAAUGGCUGUACAGAUUGUUAGUAAGAGGGGAAUGUUUGGUUUUUAAAAUUAUGUGGGUUUAUGUUUAAUUGCUACUUAAAUAUCAGUACCCCAAAUAGUAAGAAAUUUCCUUUUUAUAUUUUUAGCCCCUUUGUAACCUGGUCACACAGUCACUAGGAAACAAAACAAAAAAAAAUUAUAUUUUUAUUACAUAAUUUUGAAAGGCUAAUGCUUCAAGUACAGUGUUUGAAAUCUGUGUAGUUUUAUAUCAUCAAAGUGUCAUUAAUGCUUACUUUGUGGAUAUGAUAGUCGUAUUCCAAAUAUUUCACUUGUUAAAUAUUUUCAUGCAAAAAAGAGAAAUCUUCGUUACAUAUAUAAUCAUUUAUAAAGAUGCUUGUUUUUUGCCUAUAGCUGUGAAGUACUUGUUUUUGUAAGUUUAUUUUCUUGUGCAUUGUUCUUUUGACCCCCCCAAAAAGAUGUUGAAACCUAAUGUUACAAAUGCGUGGCUACAGUGAAAGGGAAACAGCUUUACUUAAGCUUACUGUGAGAGCAACAAAUCAAAAAAUUAGGUUCUUAUCAAACAGAAUUUUUUUUUGUGGUGGAUCAUUCCAUUAUAGAUUAUUUUUAAAUUUAAACCCAUUAAAAUUCAGAAGUAUUAUUAUUAAAAUAAUUCUCUUUUGGAAUCAAACCAAAUGUGCAAACUUUUGAAAGUAGAAAAAUUUUCAAGGUGGCAAGCUUCUCGACACAAGUAGCCAGUGAUACAAGUUGGCACAACUUGGAAAUGCCAUAGAAUUUUAAAUCUUCAGACUAGCGGCAUCUUAAAAAUUUGGGUUCUAGAUUGAAAAAAAUGGUAAUAUUCAACCUAUAGUUAGCAAGACAAUUUACGUCAUUUUUGUCACUAAAUCUUAAAUUACCAUAAGAUUAACAAAUACCAGAAGUCCCCACUCUUGCCCACCUGAUUUUCUACGGUGAAACUUUUAGUUAAAGUGUUCUGGGCCUCACUGUCUACCCUUCUCUACAUCAAAGGUGUCAGAUUCAUGGCCCGGUGCAUGUAAAACUCCUGAGGUAGGGAGGGGGGAGUACCACUAUCAAAAUUUUGGGGAAAUAUUUGACAAAAUAAAGAUGCAACACAACAUAGAUAAUAUUAAUAUGUGGUUUUCUGAGUCAGUAUGCUACCCAUAGGAUCCCUUUAUAUUUGAGUUUGCUGUAUGUAUUCCAGAUUUCUCAGCACUGUUAAUCUUACCUGAUAACCUAAGGACUUCAGGGUUUUACCCUCUGCCCUGCAGUUGAACUGUUGUUUAUUUUUUGUAUCCUUUCCCCCAGUUAGAGGGUGAGCUCUUUGAGAGCAGGGACAAUGUCACUUUUCCUCUUUAUAUCCCCAAUGCUUAUUACAGUGCAUGGCACAUAACAUGGUAAGCGCUUAAAUGCUUAUUCAUUCAUUCAAUAAACACAUUACAUUAAUGUUAAAUCUAGUGGAAUAAGUUUGCCUCCAAGUAUAGUUUUGUAAAGCUUCAUUCUUCUAGCGCUUAAAUUGAAAUUCUUCCUGUUUGCCCUAGGGAGCUUCUUUUUCUCUGGUCUCUGAGUAUUAGAAUACAAAAGUAUUUAAUUUUAACCUUCUGUUAAUAGGAUUUACUACCUUCAUUGCCCUUUUCCCCUCUACAUUUAUGUCUUUCAUUUUAUCAGGUGGGCUUACAUAUUCAUUUGGGUUCUUAAAAAAGGUCAAAUUGAGUUUAACUUUGGAUAUUUGUAGACACCGUGUUCAGUACAUGUAAAUGAAAAAUCAAUUGUAACUGAAACAGUAAAACUAAUUAGAACGUGUGCUUAGCAAGAACAGCAACUGAUGUAGAGUGUUCUGUUGUGUUGGUCUAGAGUCAGUUGUAAUAUUUUAGAACUGGAAGGGUUAUCUACCUUAUCACCCUUUCUCAUUUUUUAAAGAUACAUUUCUGUGCUGAAAUUAACUCGGAUUAACAAAUUGCUGAGUAAUAAAUUUCUUCUUCGUGUUUUCAGAUGUAUUGUGGAAUUGUCUGUUUUAAAUUGUGAAAUGUAAGGUAUGUUUUUCCUCUUCUAGUAGUUCCAAAGAGUGGAUUACAUCUCUCUAGAAGAAGCAGAAAAUCCACAUACAAACCCUUUCACUGGCAUUUAAUGAAAACUCACGGAAGAGAAAGCAUAAAGAUACCAAUUAGAUUGGUUUAAAAACAUCUUUGUAUUGACUUUAUGUGAAUAUAUUAUAUAUAUAAUUAAAUGUUCAUGUUGUUAAUUGUCUAAAGAUUCUUAUACUGAUAGAAAUUAGUUUUUUGUUGCUAAUAACUACUUUGGGGGAGAAGUUUUUAAGUAGGUUUGCCUAAGUUUCUGUAAUUUUCAUUUCUGAGAAGUUAAGAUGUCUUGGGAUUUUGAAUGUGAAAUAAAGCUUCAAUCUACUCUUUAUUUAUGGAAUAUUAAAAGCUUUUCAAUAAAUGA